CGCCAAUUUGUAAAAGUAGCUGUCAAAAUAGGUAAUUAGGAAUUUAUUUGGAGUAAAGUUUAAAGUUGAUUUGUUUACAGUUUACCCAUUAAAUCUUUGAAUUCUUUAUUAACAGUGAAAUAAGGUAGUGUGCAUCAGUUACAGAAAUUUACUAUGAAAAUCGAUAGCAAACCACUAAGAUAUGCUCAUGCUGAAGGGCAUACCGAUGUAUGUUAUUCUGAAGAUGGACAGCAUAUUAUAACGUGUGGAAAUGACGGUGACGUGAGGAUAUGGGUGGACAUCGAAGAUGAUGAUCCGAAUUCACAUUGUGUUGGGGAAAGUGCACUGGCAGUGUGUUACAAAGACAAGAGGCUUUAUGUUGCCACUGAUAAUCAUGUUGUUCAAGCAUACACAUACCCAGCUUUCGACAAAGAUGGAAUUGUCACUAGGUUUACAGCACCGGUCACACAAAUCAAGUCUUCAAGUAAAAUUGAGGUUUUGGGAUGCACAUCGGAGAAUAUGGAAGCGAAGCUCUGCAACUUGGAGGGUGGAGCACCUUUAUUUGUUAUGACAGAGCAUACAGGGCCAGUUCUCAGUAUAGCUAUUUGUCCCCACAUGAAGUUUGCGAGUACAGCUUGUGGAGAUGGAAAACUAAGAAUAUGGGAUAUUGACACACAGAAAAUUGUUAAAGAGGUUUCAUGUGUUCCAAAGAUCAAUACAUUUUAUGCAGCCAAAGUAUUGUGUCGUAUGGAUUUUGAGCCAACAGAAGGAAAAUAUUUAGCCUAUCCAAACAAUAGAGAGAUCAUAUUAUUAGAUUGUGAAACAUGGGGCCAAAGGAUGACUUUUACACAUAAUUUGAUAAAAUGUGCAAUAUCUCAGUGUGUAUUUUCCCCAUGCGGGCAAUAUCUGGCUGGGAGCACAGUUGCGGGACAGGUUGCAGUGUGGGAGAUUGGUUCAGGAGCAUGCAUUGACAUUACCACACAUCCAACUUCACACAAUGUCACAGCUAUGGCAUGGAACCCUAAAGGCAAUGGUGUACUAGCAUAUGUUGAUGCCAUGGGUCAACUGGGUAUGUUGGUCAACUGCUAUGGAAAAGACAGCAAUGCAGCUACAGCAGAUAAUAAUGAAGAUGUCGAAAUGAUUGAGAGGGUAGACGACAAUGACGACAUCGUAGAUGACCUAAUAGAAAAUUACGAGAGUGACGAUGACAAUGCAAUAUCUCUGCAAAAAAUUAAGAAUGAAACGUUGGGGCUUGUGGAGCAAGAUGAGUCGAGGCCGGCUUCGCGACGAAAUGCUACUCCAGCGCCAUCUACUGUACCACCUCAAGCACCUUUUCAACCCUCAUCCACCCCGGCACAUUUGGAGCAUAGAUACAUGUGUUGGAACGAUAUCGGCAUAGUUCGGUGUCACACUGCCGAGAACGGAGAAUCCACAAUAGACGUAGAGUUUCACGACACGAACUUGCAUCACGGCAUACACUUGAACAACUACCUGAACCAUACAAUGGCCAGUUUAUCUUCUACUGUGGUUGCUUUAGCCUGUGAAACACCGAGUAAGUUGGUGUGCAUAUCGCUGGUGGGUAGCAGUAAGGAAUGGAGUGCGAGCAUGCCCGACACGGAGGAGAUCCUGUGCGUGGCGGCCGCCAGCCAUGUCGUGGCCGUGGCCACUAAUGCCAGGCUACUGCGACUCUUCACUCCCAUGGGUACCCAAAGACAGGUGAUAUCUCUGGCUGGCCCAAUGGUAUGUCUGGGAGCUUUCAACACAGCAGUACUAGCAGUGUACCAUAGCACAGACCCAGGUCCCUCAGACCAGCAUCUAGCCAUGGACAUUGUCGCCUUGAAUGGUCGCCAGGUUCGAAGUAAAACAGUACCUGUGCCGUUAACGCCAGCGUCUAAACUCGCGUGGCUUGGCACUAGCGAUGUUGGAUCACCUUGUGCGUACGAUAAUACAGGAAUGUUGCGAAUGUAUGAUGUCAGUAGUGGUGUGUGGAUGCCACUAUGUGAUACCAACAUGCAUGCUAGAGGAGCUUCUGACUCCUGGUUCAUUGUUUCUGUAAGUGAAGCGACACAAAAAGUACGUGCAAUACUUUGUAGAGGAGCAUCGUUUCCAGCUACUGCACCCAAACCUAUCAUAGCAGAACUAGCCAUACAGAUACCUCUUUGUGAAAUGGACACAGAAAAAAGUCAAUAUGAAGAACAGCUCGUCCGAUGGGCACAUACAACUUCCGAUGUUGACGUAAAAACUGCACGAGAGACUGCACUUAAACUGUUUGCACUCGCGUGUCGCAGCGAGAUCGAGCAACGCGCAUUAGAACUGAUGGAGUUGCUAAAAGACGACCGACUGCUGCCUUUAGCUGCAAAAUACGCUUCCCGACUUGGCCGAGUGCACUUGGCGGAUAAGUUGGGCAACUUGGCAGAAACUUGGGAGAAGGAGGCAGACAAACUGAAUGUUGCCCAAACCUCGCACUUCCAGGAGUUGGAUACACAAGAGACUUAUGACGUCACAAAUACUGAACAGGAUUUGAACGCCAGUCUAAUUAUACCACAGAAAGUUAAAGAGAAGAAAGUUGACGCUGAUACUUCACUAAGACCAGUUCCCAUAAAAUCGUCGCCCGGUAGAGCAAGAAAUAUUUUCAAAAAGAAGUCUACGAACUCAAGUGUCGCUCAAAGUCCCCUCAGUCUAACGGAAAGGACUUUAGUGGAAGUUCACAAACCGACUGAAAAUUCUGAAAACGAUGACCCUUCAGCGCCAUUGGAAGGGGAAACUUUCGUAGAUUGGUUUACAAGAAACAAAUCUAUUCUGGAAAGACAAAACCCAGAAUUAGGUCCGUCAGAGUUAACUCGGCAGGGUAUCAAAAUCUUCAAAGCUGUCCAGGGAAAAGGGGCCAAUAAUACGGAGAAUGGACCAAAAAGAAAAUUAGAUGAAGAUACGAAUAAUUCCGAAACUCACAUUGUCAACGCUCCUAAACAAUCGAAACUUAGUGCCUUUGCAUUUCAAAAGAAAUCAUAAUUAGUAAUGUUUUAAUCAUGUAAGUAACGUAGUUUUAUAAUUUUAGUAAUAAAUAUUUUAUUUAUGAGCAA